CAGCAACAGCAACAGCAAGUCAACCACAGUGGAGGGCGAGCUAUCGCAAGGAACCCUCUGCACUUUAUUUCCUUUAAGUCUUCCUUUCUUCCUAGCUUGAUACCCCGAAAGUUUCAAUAUUCCAUUACAAGACCUUAAUACGCUCCGGUCGCAUUUUAAUAUUCUAUCACCAACGCAAAAAUGGCUGACAACCCAUCCGCGGCGUGGCCGAUCGCUGACAGUGCUCUGUCGCAAAAGAUCUUGGACACUGUGCAGCAGGCCUCGCACUACCGCCAAUUGAAGAAAGGUGCAAACGAAGCGACCAAGACUCUGAAUCGAGGUACCGCCGAAUUGCUUGUCCUCGCAGCCGACACAUCCCCUCUCGCUAUCUUGCUUCACCUUCCCCUUCUGGCAGAGGACAAGAAUGUGCCUUACGUCUAUGUCCCCUCGAAAGUCGCUCUCGGACGAGCAUGCGGUGUCUCCCGUGCGGUCAUUGCAGCCAGCAUCACGACCAACGAGUCGAGCGAUCUUAUGCCAUCGAUCAGGGAAUUGAAGUCGCGUAUCGAGAGGUUGAUGAUCUAGGCUGUGAGCGCAGAAGAUUUGAGCCAAGUAGGAUUGCGACAAUCUUGGGUUGUUGGGAACGGAGGAGGUCCAAAAGGUAUUUCUGGGAGUCGAGCCAACAGUGCCGCAACCCGGUCGGAAACAAGAACGUGCAAUGCAGAUUGCACGGUUGUGGUAGGACCAUACUAAACGUUGUGAGGCCGCAAAGCACCAAAAAGAUUGCCGAAGACAGUUUGAGGGUCAGUACUCUCUAAGAUCUUUGCUUUCCGCAGUGAUUGCCCCUCGAACCGAGCCACGCUUCGUUUGCCCUACCGUUGUGACCCGAAACCAACAUCACCGAUACAGAUUCAAGCGCGCUUGGCAAGCUUGAGCUCCAAGUCUUGAGGAUGGUUCUCCGAAUAGCCCUGGACAUGAGAAACACCGCCGUAGGCUCAAUGUGAAUAGUCUAGGGCUUCCCUUGACAAUGUACGUGAAUAGCAAUACCAAUUCUGCAUGCU